AUGAGAGGUAAGUUUAAUGGUUUGCAAAGAAAGAUUCUAGAUGAAAACCCUUAUGCUUUCUAUGUCCAUUGUUAUGCUCACCGUUUACAAUUGAUGGUUGUGUCCGUUACUAAUAGUUGCUCAUCUAUUCAUGAUUUCUUUGAGUACAUCUCCUUGAUUGUAACCACAACAAGUGCAUCUUGCAAGAGAAAGGAUGCUUUGAAGGAGGCACAACACCAAGAUAUUUUGAAUAGACUUGCGAGUGGUGAGAUAUCUCAAGGAAAGGGCUUGCACCAAUCAUCUAGUCUCGCUAGACCCGGGGAUACUAGAUGGGACUCAUAUUAUACUACCUUGAUUCGAUUGGAUCAGAUGUGGUCCUCCGUGUUAGAGGUGCUUAGUAUUGUUGAUGAAGAUGGACGUGGACAAUCUCAAGCGGUGGGUUUGAUAGAAAAAUGGAGAGCUUUAAGUUUUAUUUCAUUUUGA